UUUCAUUUCAUGUUAUUAAAGAAUUGAGAUGAUAAUCCAUCAUUUACAGUAACCUUAAAAGCAACUGAUUCUUGUUCACUGCAAUCUCUCUUUAUCAUCUUCAGAAUUCUUCUCUUUCAAUCAUUCUGAAAUACUUUCACUCACAAACCUCUCUGAAACAGCAUCCAUUGAUUUCUUCUGUUUGCACCUUACUUGCCUUGUUACUUUCUCUCUUUCACUUUCUUUAUUUCAGCUUUUUUUCCCCCUAAUUUCUGUUUUCUUUUUUCUUGAAAAAUUUUUCUGAUUUCUUCCAAAAAAAAAACUUUUCGCGUUCGGUUAUUUCUCAAUUACCAGAAAAAAAAAAUCCGUUUCUCUUGUUUAUUUUUAAUUUCGGCAGUUGUGCUUUAAUUAUUUUUAUUUUCUUUACUUCUCUUCUGCUUUUGAAACCUGAAAAAAGUUUUAAAAAUGGUUGAUGUUGCUGGGAGUAUUGGGAGGGUGGUGAGUCCUGUCCUCGAAGUUGGCAAACGGUUGGCUGCUCCGAUUUGGCAUCAAUUUAAGUACUUGUACAACUACACUACCAAUUUCAAAAUUCUGGAAAAGGAAGUUGAUAAGUUGAAGAACACAAGAGACGAAAUUCAACGUAAGGUUACUGCAGCUGAAAGAAAUGUGGAAGAGAUCAAACAUGAUGUUAAUGUGUGGCAGAAAGAUGUGGAGAAGACGAUUACUGUAGCAGGGCAGUUGAUUCAAGAAAAAGCAAACAAUCCACGAUGUUUCAAAGGAUUGUGCCCCAACUUCAUCAUUCACUACAAACAAAGCAAGAAAGCAUUCAAAUUAAAGUGGGAUGAUAUCGAUCCACUCUUCCAACAAGAAAAGGAAUUCGAUCGUGUUUCCUUUCCUGUUAAUCCACCGGAGAUAUGGCUUACAUCUAAUGAUGAUUAUUUGGCUUUUGAAUCAAGAAACUCCAUUGUGAAGAGUGUAUGGGAAGCUCUAAAUGAUGAGAAUGUGUACAUGGUUGGCGUUUAUGGGAUGGGUGGUACUGGGAAGACCACUCUUGUGCAGGAAAUCGGUAGGAAAGCUGAGAAGGAUAAGCUCUUUGAAGAGAUUGUUUUUGUAGAGGUAACAGAAUCUCCUGAUACAAAAAAGAUUCAAAUAGUGAUUGCAGACAACUUGGGUCUAAAAUUCGAAAACGAAAGUGAAAUGACAAAGAAGAUAUAUUUAAGAAUGAAGGACAAGAAUAUUCUUCUAAUUCUAGAUAAUAUUUGGGAACCUUUAGAAUUUGGCAAGACUAUAGGAAUUCCUUUCAUAGCUGAUCGUGGAAAAAAUAAACUUCUGUUCACAACAAGAAACUUAGAUGUGUUGGAGAAAAUGGAUUGCUCAAAAAAUUUCAAGAUGGGCAUUUUAAAUGAAGAAGAAUCUUGGACCCUAUUCACCAAAACAGCAGCUUCUUGUGCAGGUAAUGCUUUUCAAAGAUGUGAAUUGAGUUCUUUACCAAAUGAUAUUUGCAAGGAAUGUGGUGGAUUGCCUAUUGUAAUUUGUACAGUCGCAAAAGCAUUAAAAAAUAGGAGUCAUCCAUCUGAUUGGAAAGUUGCCUUACAAGAAUUGAGAGAGCCACCAAAAAAGUUCAUAGGAUUGCUAGAAAAGGAACACAUGAAGAUCGCGUUAAGUUAUUAUUAUUUAAGAGAUGAUGAACUUAAGAAGACUUUUUUAAUUUGUAGUCUAAUGGAAAACAAUGCUUCCAUUUUAGACUUAUUCAAACAUGUUGUGUGUUUGGAUAUACUUGAAGGUGUUAACUUAACAAUGGAAGAUGCAAGGAAUAGACUAGAUAAAUUGAUUCGCGAUCUCAAAGACACAUCUUUGUUACUAGACGGGUUCAAAAGUGGACAUUUUGCUAUGCAUGAGGUUGUUCGUGUUGUUGCUAUAAAAAUCGCAUAUGUGGAUCACCAUGUAUUUACAAUGGGAAAUGAUGUUGAACGAGAAUGGAAGGAUAGGGAAAAACUCAAGAAAUGCACAAAAAUCUCUUUACUUGGUAGAAGUAAUAUUAUUAGUCAGCUUUGGCCAAACGAUUUGGAUUGUCCAAAUCUUGAAUAUUUCUAUAUGUCAAACUCUUCUUUCGAAAUCCCAGAAAACUUCUUCACUACGAUGCAAAAGCUCAGAGUGUUGAAUUUAGUCAAACUACAACAAUCGUCACUGCCGUCAUCAAUUGAUCUUUUGAUAAAUCUUCAAACAUUGUGUUUAGACCAUAGCAAAGUUGAAGAUAUUUCUGUUAUUGGAAAGCUAAAGAAACUAAAAGUCCUUAGCUUGAAUCAUUCAUGUAUUAUGGAGUUUCCUAUAGAAUUGGGUCAAUUAACUCAACUAAGGUUUUUAGAUUUAAGCAAUUGCUGGAAAUUGAAAAUAAUUGCUCCAAAUGUGAUAUCACAAUUCUCCCAAUUGGAAGAAUUUUAUGUAAAGAGAUGCCUUAUUAAGUGGAACAAUGAAGAACUAAAGGAGUUGAUGCUCUUAUCUAAUCUCACCAGUUUGGAAUUGGAUAUUAACGAUAACAAGAUGUUGCCUAAAGACUUCUUUUCUAGGGAGCUUAAAAGGUUCAACAUAUCAACAGGUGGUGGGUUUUUCCAAUAUCCAAAAAUGGUCAACAAAGAGGAGCAGUGGUUGAGGAUAUUUAAAUGGUUUUUCAAUUCUACUGUCAAGUUAGAAGAAUUAUAUGUGAUCAAGAAUGUUGAACUCUUAGGCUUAGCCGAAUCUUCAGAUUAUGAGAAUUAUAUUCAUGAAAUGCCAACAAUGCCAUUAUUUAACAAGAAGGUUAUUUUCACCAAUUUGAUGGCUUUGGUAUUGAACAAUGUUAGUUUUGGAACGAUUUGGGAUAAUCAACUUUCAACUUCUUCUUAUCAAAAUUUGACACAGAUGAUGUUAGAGGGGUGCAAUAAGAUAACAUAUGUGUUUCCAUUUUCCAUAACCAAAGGUCUCCAACAACUCCAAUACCUUCAGAUAAAAUCUUGUGAGGUUUUAGAGAAGAUCAUUGGAGAAGAAGGAGAAAAAGUUGUUAAUUCCAUCUUUCCACAGUUAACUCAAUUGAAGCUUAUAAAUUUACCAAAACUUAUAGUUUUCUAUCUUGGAAUUCAUGCUUUGGAAUUGCCAACGUUAAAAAAUCUCUGCAUAUACAAUUGUCAAAAAUUCACUUCGAGAUAUCCAGGCUUCCAAGAUUAUAAUGAGGAGGGUGAAGUUCAUAUUUCAGACUUGAGAUUCCUUUGCUUGGAGCAUAAGAUCAAUCCCAAUUUGGAGGUAUUGGAAUUAAGGAAUGGUUUGAGCAAUAUAUCUUGGAAGAGUCAAUCUAAAGAUCUUGAAAUCUCUAAAGAUAAGUUAGCAAGUAUUCCAGUUGGACUACUUCAAAUAUUUAAAAGUAUAAAAAAGCUCAAACUAGAUUCCUGUGCAUACAGAAAAAUUAAGAGCCUAUCUUAUGUUCCAAAUCUUGAAGUUCUACAUGUAGAGUUUUGCCAUGAAUUGUUGAGUCUACUGCCAUCCUCAACUUCUUUUCAGAAUCUUAAAGUUCUCACAGUAAGUAAUUGCAAUGGAUUAGUUAACUUAACAACACUUUCAACAAUUAAAAGCUUAGUGCAGUUGAGAGAAUUGAGCAUAUCAGACUGUCGAAUGUUGAUUGAAAUAGUAGAAAAAGAGGGAGAUGCAACAUCAAGUAGUGAAAUUGUUUUUAACAAUUUGAAGAAGUUGUCAUUUAAACGGUUAGAAAGUCUCACAUGCUUCUCCUCAGGGAAUUACUUUUUCAGUUUCUCAUUAUUUGAAGAGUUUAUCAUAGAAGAAUGUCCCAACAUGAAAACUUUCUCUCAAGGAAGCUUAUGCACACCAAAGUUACUCAAAAUCAAUUAUGGUCGAAGGUGGAAUCAUACUAAUAAUCAGUGGGAGAAAAUGGAAGUAGAGAUUGAGGGGAAUGAUCUUAAUAAAGCCAUACAAAGAUCAUACAAAAAGCAAAACCAGGACAUCUCCCUUGAUCUGAAGUUGUUGACAUUGAAAGAUGAUAAUUCUAUGGAGAUUUGCUACAACCAACAUCCAACUUCCUUCUAUCAAAAUUUUACACACUUGAUCUUUUGGAAAUGUGAGAGCAUAAAAUAUGCGUUUCCAUCUUCCAUUGCCAAAAGCCUCCACCAACUCCAACAACUCAAGAUACAAAACUGUAAGGUUUUAGAGGAGAUUGUUGCAAAAGAAGAAGCAAAUGCAAUUGUCAAGUUUAUCUUUCCUAAUGUAACCUUAUUGAAGCUUGAAGAUCUACCAGAACUUGCUGCUUUCUAUCCUGAAGUGCAUACUUCAGAAUGGCCAAAGUUGAAAGAGUUGGUAGUGAGAAAUUGUGACAAAUUCACUUCAAAAUAUCUAAGCUUCAGAGAGAAUAAUGAGGAGAGCGAACUUAAUAUUUUGGAUCCGAAAUCUAUUUUCUUGGAGUAUGAGAUCAAUUCUAAUUUGGAGGUAUUUGAAUUGGAGGAUGGUGUGAGAAAGAUUAGCUGGCAGAGUCAAACUAAAACUCUUAAUAUCUACUAUGAUGACUCAACAAAUAUUCCACUUGGACUCCUCCAAAGAUUUUACAAUUUGAAAGAGCUCCAACUAUCUGAUAGUCAAUACAAAGAAAUUAUUAGCAUUUCUGAUCUUCCAAACCUUGAAGCUCUACAUGUAAGUUUCUGUAAUAGAUUGAUGAGUCUAUUGUCAUCCUCGGCUUCUUUCCAGAAUCUUAAAGUUCUCAUACUAUUUAAGUGUCGAGGGCUGAUAAUGAAGUUAAUAACACCUGCAAUGGCAAGGAGCUUGGUGCAGUUGAGAGAAAUGGUCAUAAAAUCUUGUGGAAUGCUAACUGAAAUAGUAGAAAACGAGGGAGAUGCAACAACUGAAAUUGUUUUUAACAAUUUGAACAAGUUGUUACUUAAACAGUUAGAAAAUCUUACAUGCUUUUGUUCUGGGAAAUACUCUUUCAAUUUUCCAUCAUUGGAAGAGUUAAUUAUAAAAGGAUGCCCCAAUAUGAAGAUUUUCUCUAAAGGGAUCUUAAGCACACCGAAGUUACACAAAAUUCUUUAUGAGAUAGAGGAGGUAGAGAUUGGGAGGACUGACUUGAAUGCAAGUAUACAACAAGCACAUAAAGAAAAGGUUGACUCCUUUUCGAAGGAAUUGACGUUAUGUGGCAAAGAUAUCAUGUCAAUUUCACAAGGAGAGUUACAAGAGAACUUUGGCAAAGUAUUAACUCUUCAAUUAAUUAAGGAUGAAUAUGCAUAUAUUCCAAUUCAUAUUCUUACAAAGUUUACCAGCCUUGAAGAACUCAUAUUGAAAGUGAAUUCAUAUGAAGAGAUAUUUUCAUGUGGAGAAGGUGAGGAAUAUGUUGGAGCAUUAGCAAAAUUAAAAGUUCUAAAAUUGCAAGGACUUUUUAAUUUGAAAUGCAUUUGGAAACAAGAAUUUCAUUUCAAAUCAAUUCUUCAUAAUCUUCAAUGUUUAUGGGUACAAUAUUGUCACAAUUUGAUGACUUUACUACCAUCAUCAUCUUUUGAAAAUCUAAAGUCUCUAAUGGUAUGGCACUGCAAUGGUAUGCAAAACUUAAUGACAUCCUCAACAGUCAAAAGUCUAGUGUGUUUGGAAAGCUUGUCAAUAGAAGAAUGUGGAAUGAUGGUAGAAGUAUUAGCAAAUAAGGAAGAUAUGGAGAAAGGUGAAAUUGUUUUUGAGAAAUUGAAGGAGUUGUCCUUGUUUAAUUUAGAAAGUCUCACGUGCUUCUUUUCUGGGAAUUACACCUUAAAAUUCCAAUUCUUGGAAUCAUUACAUGUCAGGAAAUGCUCCAAGAUGAAAACUUUCUCUAGAGAAGGCUUAAACAUGCCAAGGUUAGAGUGGGUGAAUUGGGAAAAUUGUUCUACUGACCUUAAUUUGGUCACACAACAAUUACAAGAUGAUUGCUCAAAGUUAUGGGAAAGAUUCCCAUAGUUCCCAUGGUAGCAACUGCAAAAUCACAUGAGUUAGGUGUCUCCAAUGGCUAACAGCCAUGAUUCUGUCCUUAGCACUGACUCCUGUAAGUUUUCUCUAGUAUUCAGCUUCCUGGGUCAAUUCACAGUCAAUUUUGAACUAACCAUAUACACCAUGCGCAUUCUGUGGCCUAUGUUCUCUGUAAUCUUAUCAAAAUCAUUGAUGGUCUGUCCACUGGGCUGCCAGAAAUCCAGGUCAUUAUUGUCAUUGGCAAAGAUUCAAUUUCUCUUAUAAGUUGAUGGAGAUCAAUUUAAAUGUCUAGUAAUUUUAUGUCCAGUUGGAUCUGAGUUUCUGUAGUGCUUCUGUUUUCUUCAACGGUUGAAUCUGCUGUGCUUCUGUUUUCAUCAACAGUUGACAGGGGAAGUUUUGAUUUCAUUGCUUAGAAUGUACUCUUCUGAUUUCUUCAUGAGCUACACAUCCAAUGGGACACAGGAAAAGCUGAAGCUUUACAUAUUCUCAAGUAAGCUAUAGUUGGUGUGGAAUUGCCUACUGUAGAGAUAAGAUGUAAGAAUUUGAGACUGGAAGUUGAUUGUGACAUUGCUCACAGAAUGCCCUUCCCAACUCUAUGGUUCAUUUUCUGUUAAGCCUGGAAGGUAAUAUGAAAGAUUUAUGUUAUGAUUGUUUGAUUCCCUAAUUUACUCAGUUUUGCUCCGGUUUUCUUCGGCUAAUUUACUUCUCUAUGGUGUGCUAUCAUAGUUUGAUUUCCUAAUAUACUCAGUUUUGCUUCUGUUUUCUUAAGGUAACAGGGGAAAAGUUUUCUUCAAUGGUUACCAGUUGGAUGAGUUUGUUCCCAGAAAACAUCAGCUUAUAUAUGCCAAAAAGAUCUGCAUUUUGCAGAAAUGAAUGAGGGAAACAUGUGAUUUUUCUACCUGAUAUCUUGGUGUUGGAAACCAAGGAAGUAGGCUUCUUUAAAUUUAAUUCAAUGAAGUUUUAGUCAUAGCCACCUUAUUAAUUCCCGUGAAUAUUUGAUAUGUACAGAGCUUUUUUUUUCUGCCUGUGUGGAUAUGAUGAUGGAAGUCAGUAAAAGAGAAUAGCCAGGGAUUGUUCCGGAUGUAGACAUAGAUACUUUUGAUUCUGUUUUCUUCAACAGAUGAUGGGAAGUUUUUCAAAUACGCCUACAAGCUAGACGAAUUUGCACCCCAGAUAAAAAUCAUCACCUUAAACAAGCCAAGACGUUCUGCAUAUAGCGGAAAAGGCUACUGAGGGAACACUAGAUUUUUCUGCCCGAUGUCUUGGUGAUGGAGAAUGAGGAGGUAGGGAAGUUUUAGUUGUAGCUACUAUAUCAAUUUUCACAAAGUAAUUAAGAAUUAUCUCUGUUUCGAUUUUAUGAUGGAGGUCAGUAAAAGAGAGAAGGCAGGAAUUGUUCUGAAUCCAGACGUAGAUGCUUAUCUUU